UAGUAAUUUAAAUAUGCCAUAAACUUAUACGUCAUAAACUUAAGAGAGGCGUAUAAAGUGUUUAAAUACGUUAUAUCUUCUAUUGUCGUUUUGUCAGAUGUGAGGACAAUAAAAGUGUUGUGUGUGGUUGGAAAUUAAUGUAAAAUGUGCCGCCAUCAAAAUUCAUAAAUGCAACAAAUAUCUAUAUAAGUAAUAAUAUCUUGCAUUUAGAGGAGAAACUUGCGAAAACAUACUUAGCGGGAUUGACAUUCUUGCAGUUUUUUUUCCAGAAAUGUUAUUGUGGGAUAUUGUACAGACGGCCUAGGUUUGUGAAGAUGGUUUCUUGAAUAAAAAUCUUCUUGAAUCGAAAGGAUUAUUUGAAAGAAAAAAAAUGGAUUUUCUGCAAAGUGGAGUACGGACACUUAAAAGACACAGUAUAUCGAACAUAAGUGAUGCAAUCAGGAACCAUAUGCACAGGGAUUCCUUCAGCGGACUGGGGCGACACCUAUUUUCACCAAGCAAGGCAAAUGAUUUUCCACUGAAAAAUGCCGAGUUUGCAAGUGUGUCGGCGGCUGUUGUCCUCUUAUUCCAAAAGAAGAAAUUUCAAGAAAACGAACUUUCAACUUUGCAAGAAGCUGUCAGGAACGUUAUGACGACCGAAGCGGGCUCUUUGAUCUACGACUACUACAAAGAUAAGCUUAUAAAAAAGGGAAUGGUUAUACUGAAAGAAACGAUUAAACACGAAAUAGGACAAACACUAUUGACAAAGCUGGGGGAGCAGUGGAACUAUUUCUACGGAGAAAUAUUGCCGUUGUUACAAGCACUCCUUUACCCUGUGAAAGCGAAAACGUUAACAUUAAGACAAGUGACCUUACUGGAGUUUAGAAACACGGUUCUCCUCAAAUUGCCCGUUAAAGAAGCUUUGCAAGAACUGUCGCAGUCUGAGCAAGUACCACCUGCUGUACAACAGAUGCUGUUAGUUCUGCAUGGAGUUCACGAGUAUCCAUGCACGGACAAUUUUAUAGAGUUAGAGAAACUGGUUGCCAGAGCGACUCCUCUUCACUUUGGAAUUAUGGGAUUGUAUUCCGGUGGCAGUGAACCUGAGUUAAGAAGUAAUUUUAAACCAUUACCAAGACUUUCGAUACCUGUGAUACAAAUAUCAGACGAUACAACUGAAUCAGACGAUGAAUUAGCGCCAGUAGACCAAAGAUUAAAGAGUCCAGGUCUCUCCCCACAAGGACAUCGUUUACAUCACAAACGAAGUUCUGGACUAUUACAUUACCCUCUGUUAUCAGCUGUAAGAGAACACGAGAGGGGCCAGAUCAGGAGAUAUAGUAUAGCCACCACAUGACAGGCUAUCACAUUUCUGCUGUUAGAAAACUAAACAGGAGUCAGCUCAGCAGAUACUGUAAAGCCGACACUUUAUCGCAUUGUCGCCGUGUUUCAAAACAUGCGAGAUUUAACAAUCCUCGCGAGGUUUAAAGGGCGAUAAUUAUCGACUUAAUUAUCGCCUGUCUUUCUUAAUUUUCGCACUGGUAAAUUGAAAUUCCGCUUAAAAAUGAUACACAGUUGCGAGAAUUAGAAAAAUCUCACACGGUCGCAUUGUCGCCCGGUGAUAGGGAUUAUUUCUUACUGUAGUACCGUGGAUGAAUUUUUCUGUGACACGGUUAAAAAAGGGAAAUAGCAUCAUUAGAAAUUUAUUUCGGUAUAUUGAACAAUAAAACACAGAAAGAAUUAUAUCGAUCAAUUAGUCCACACUCGAGAUAAGAUGCCGUGCGCUGGAGAUAAGAUGUCGUGCGCGCGAGAUAAUUUAAUCUAAAAAAAUAAAUGCAUGUCCUAAAGAUACCACCGUAAUUAAGAAAAACAUGCGAAAAUAAAGACGAUAAUUACCGACUCAAAAGCUCGCGCUCGCUUGUAUAUAUGUUUUUGGACAAGGAGACAAUGCAUUGUCGGCGAGAAUUAAAGUGGCACGAACAGGAUUCCGUAACAAAGAGUUUUCAUGCAAACGAACAAUUACACAUUAUGAUGUUUACUGUAAGUCGGUAGCAGGAUGAAACGCACAUAAACAUUUUAAUAAAGAACGGCUCAUAGUACAUUGUAAUUGUAAACGGUUAAAUAAGAAGAGAAAUGUGUGUCAGGGCUUACGGUUGUUAUACUGUGUAUAGGGCAAAAUGAUCGUAUUGUCAAAAUUAGCGACUACUUGUCUACAAAAGAUGUUGAUCUCAUUAUUACGUAUCUUUUAUUGAAUGUUUGUUGUUUAUUUGUUGAAUUUUAAUCUUACUCAUCUUCUAUACAUGCAGUGGUUCAAGAGUGGAGGUGCAGGUGAUAAAUAUAAAUCUGCAUUUUCAACAAUUAAGACAAAACCAGAGGUUGUACACUCGUGCAGUCAACAUAUUUUAAGUAGUAUUUUGAUUAUCAAAGCUCAAGCCAUAACUUGUCAUUUACGUUUAUUCAUUUUGUAUUUACAUUUUGUUGUAGAAAAACUACACAUAUUCGUUCCUUCUAUGGUUUCAAGUAGUAUAAAUUGCAGCGUAAGGAAACAUUCUUUAGAAUCCUUUGUUCUAUUCUUCCAUAACAUGGCAAACCUUAGGCUUAUUUUACAUUUUGCACAAAGGUCACCCACAUAUCAUCUCCACUGUAUUAGUCCCUUAAGCAUGGACUUUAUAUAUACAAGUGUGACAGUAUAUGUUAAUGUAAUUUUUAGAAAAAAAUGUUAUUGUUUUGAAUAGUUUUAAGUUGUCAGAAAGGAAUAAUAAAGUGCAAAAAUACA